UUGACCCCUAGAACCGUAUCGAAAACGCCUCACCUUGCAGCAGCAGCUGCCAAAGCCCGGUCCUGUGGCUGGCCAAGGCCGCCAUGGCCAGUGCUAGCGACGGAGGAAGAUCUCCAAAUACGUCGCCCGAAGCUUCGGUGGGUGACGCGGCCGGAGGGACGCCCGAGCGUGGGCGUUCGGCUCCCUCUGCACCAGACGACCCGCGUCUACCACCACCGGCCACGGCCACAGCCAAACGGAGCGCUCUCCACAAGCCCAAGCCCACUGAAGGCGGCGGGUAUGACUUCUCUGGCUCGUACGAGCAGACGCGGCGAGUCCGCUUCAAGUUCGGCGUGCAUUCCCUGGCAGUGGAAGCAACGCUGGCCAAACUCUUCGAGAGCCUCACAAUGGAGUGCAGUGGCGUGUUGGUUCAGCCGCAGUGGAAACACUUCCGGCACUUUGACAUGGUCAAGAACGACCAGAUUCGACUCAGCAACGGAAUAUGGCGUUCCUGGCACAUCAAAUACCAAAAGGGAAGUGAGCCGCUUUUCUGCACUUUUGACCUCAACCCAAAUCUCAAUGACCACACAAGGCCAGAGGCGGUGGUGUUGGAAGGUAAGUAUCAGAAAAGAAAGGUGGAGGCGGUAGCAAGAGAGUACAGGAAAUGGAGGAUGUUCCACAGAGAGAAAUUCAGGCAAGGGGGGUGCAAAAGAGACCCACUCCUGGCCGAUCUUGUGGAGAACUUGCGUGGAGAUGAGUUGGGUGGCGGAGUUGAGCUGCAAGCCAUGCAGGUUGACCCUCCAAUUCCGGCUGGCUUGAUUCAAUUGGAUGGUAAUUUAGCAAAAUCUCUUCCCCUCCUCACGCGACUUACCCCUCAACUUCUAUCUACCAUAUUCUUACAGAGCUGUCUGACCCAUUGUUUAUGGGCCUGGGGCAAGACUACUUCCCCGAGUAUAACGCCAGUAAGAUCACUCACACACACACACACACACACUGUUUCUCUAGGUCUACCCCACCCACCCACCCUCUCGCUAUGGCUAUGUGUGUACGUACAGGUACCAACAUGAUGUUUCAACCGAAAAUGGACGUGCUCAGUUCAGCCCUGGAUGAGUUUCUUGGUAAACUGGAACCAAUGGAAGUGCUCCUGUCUCGUACCAGCAGCUCCAACUACCAGUCGCCACUGGUGGCCUUCCCACAAAUGACAAACCCCGCCCCCUUUCCCCAGGCCACGCCCCCUCUCCAGCAGCAGCUGUUUUCUCCGCAGAUGGCCCAUCCCUCUCUCCCUCCCUCACAUCCUCCCAUGGGCUCCUCCCUCCUCUCUGAUUUCGGGGUCACCGAUCCCCCGAGUUCAAUGUUCCCCUCUUUCUCCCCACCUCCGCAGUCGUACUUUGACCCCCAGCAGAGCAGCAACUAUGACAACAGGCAUUCCCUGACCCCCGCCCAAACUCCGCCCCCAGACCACCAGUUUUCCCUGCCGCCCGAAGUUCCUGGGGGACUUGAAACCUCGUCAAUGUUUCAUUUCCCUCUCAAGAGGGACCCAUCGUCUGACAGUCUCAAGUCCCCCCACGGAGAAUUUGUGGCCCCCUCAAACGGGGGGCAAAGCCCUACUAAUAUUCCGCUAACAAACCCCGAAUACGGCGGGUCGAGGUCUCAACCAUCCGAGUACAACUUUGUGUCGCCAGGGCAACCGCCGAUGGGUAGGAGUGACAUCACCGUGGAUACAUCUCAGCAGCGUCUUUCAUAUCGGCAGAUAUCAUCCGGUGACAUGUUUCCAGGUGUUCUCGACGCGGGUCAAAGGUCAACAAUAGACAACGUGGCGAUGUCAUACAACACUCCGCAAGGGGGUGUGGUCUCAAUGGAAGGGGGAGGGAUCCUUGGUAGCAAGAGAAAAGAAGGUUCGCACCAGUUUCUUCCUGGGAGCAAGCGGAGGAGUCCGCACAACUCACAGAGCGACCUCCCGCUGUGGGGGAACGAGGAAGGGGGAGCCCCUGGCGUCCCCGGCUCGUCAAUGCUCCCACCUUCUGGCCCCACGUUCCUCUCGUCUCGGAGGGCCAGCAUAGGAAGUGCAGCCCAGCUCAGUGACCGACCAGUUCUACAGAAGAAUGCGAGUGAGCCAGCCGGGAGCCUGCUUCUCAGGGAACAGCUGAAGUUGCUAACGCAACAGCACGAGGCCCACUCUCAGGAACUGGACAAACAGCAGUCUCUGGCUCAGCAGCAGUAUCGCGACGUCCUCCACCAGUACAAGAAACAAGUGGUGGGACAGGAGCAACUUAGUGAGUCAGACAAACACCUCCUGCGGACUGUUCUCGCCAAACCUGCACUAUUAGACGUCCUCCGAGCCCUCCUCUCCCCCUCCUCCUCUCCCUCCUUCUCCCAGCCCACACCCUCCCCCCUUCUCCUCACACCCUCCCCCACCCCCUCCUCUUCCUCCCACCUCCCUCCCGUCACCAGUUUCCUGCCGGCCGCCGGAGGAGGAGGAAGUGCAGAGAGAGAGAAUCCACUGCCAAAUGAAGAGCUUGCCUCCCCAGAAAAUGUCAAGCAGGUGACAGAGUUCCAGAGUCGACUCCUGGUGGCUGCCGCUGUGCAGGCGAGUGGCGGGAGUAACACACGUGCCUCAAACAGUGCUUCUUUGGCAUCGACUCCAGAACCGGCUCCCUUCCCGGGUGACACUGAGCUCCUAUCGCCAGAGUCUCGAUCGGGGACUGGAGCAGAGACCACACCUUCCAUAUCUUUCAAAAUAAAGUCUUCGCGAGGCCUGAGCUCUGAACAGAAGGAAGUGUUCAAGGAGAUCAAGAGACAAUCUCACAUCACUGCUGAGCAGAGGAGACGAGGGACCAUCAAGCAGGGAUUCGACCAGCUGCAGACUAUCGUGGUGGACCCCUCUUCCUAUCCCAGUGGAAAAGUCAGCAAGGCCACUGUUCUAGAGAAAACUGUGGAGUUCAUAGAGCGAGCCCACCACGACAGGGACCAGAGAGAGAAGCAGGUACAGGCUCUGCGGCGAGAGCAGGAGGAGCUAAACGCGGCCAUCGCCGAGUGUCAGGAGAACUUGCCAGCCUCCGGAGUCCCUGUUACAAGACAGAGGUUUGAAGAGAACAGACGAAGGUUCCAGGAGUACAUUCAGAGACGGACACUCCAAAACUACAAGUUCUGGAUCUACAGCCUCAUUCUGAAGCAGCUGUUUGAGUCUUACAACAGUACCGUAUCCACGGGUAACCACGACGAGCUGUGUCGGACGGUGCUGGCCUGGUUUGAGCAGAACUGCUCCCUCCACGCCCUCAGACCCGUGGUGAUGAACAGUCUAAAAGAGCUGAGUACAAAGACUUCGAUACUGUCUGACCCAUCCCAAGUCCCUCAUCAGCUGGUCCAGUAUGCCAAACAACAGUUGGAGACCUCUCAACAAGACUACAAUUAUUCUUGACACACACCACUGUAUAAUAUUAUGCUGCUUCAACUUUUUUUCACCAGUUCAAAUUCCAAACCAUCUGUUUGUUAUGUAUAUUAUAUAUUAAAUAUAGAGGUUCUUUUUUCACCCAUAGUUUUGAGAACAAAGGACAAAAGAAGGGAGUUUUGAGAGACAAUCCUAGUCCAUGGUGGAGCUACUCUCCAACUGUGGCGUGCACCUUUUCCAUGAAAUCUUCAACUGCUGCCUGUGCUGUGGCAGCUCUAGUGUGGUACUUGCAGAGGACGGACUCCUUCCCCAUUGCCUCCGCCAUGGCUCUAGUGUAGCUGCCAGUGUUCCCACAGCAGAUCCCAAUGUAGCGCAGUCCCAGCUCCAGACACCGCUUCGUGAACUCCACAAUCUCCAUUCGGGUGACGUAAAACGGCUCAAGUCCGUUUGGGUACGCCGGGUUGUUUUUCGGGUACCCCUUGUCGGCAAACACUUGCCACGUGGGUUGCUCAGAAGUUGUGCGGUACGCAAUCGGUAGCGCACACACUUUCUCUGGAGGAACCACUUUAACAAUCUGCUCCACCACUUCGAUCAUGUUGGCCGGGCCCUGCGAGCAGUUGACUCCGACUAGCGUUGCUCCCAGCUCCACCAACUGACAACACGCCUCGGGGAUAGCGACUCCGUCGUGCGUCGCAUACACUCCGUCUUUCUUCCUCAGGUUUCUCACGGAGAGCGUCACGACAGCUGGGAGACCGGACGAAAUGAUGACCUCGACUGCUACCUUUGCCUCUGCCAGGCUCCACAUUGUCUCGGCGAUGAUGUAAUCCGCCCCCUCCUCCUUGGACCAACGAACUUGCUCCUCGAAAAUCUUCUUCACUUUCUCGGUGGGGUCUUCAUCGCUGGGCGAGUCGGAGAAUUUGAAGAGGUUUGUACUGGAGAGACCUCCUGCACACAGCGUCCCCGUCUCAUCGGCCACCUCGCGGGCAAUUUUUAUCGCGAUCCGAUUUAUCUCCUCCGUCCGGUCCUGGCCACUUAUUCUCUCCAUCAUUGUCCUGUUAGUGUGGUACUGUGAUGGAGAAAGGGAUAUCAAUAGUUUGGCCAUAGCUAAAGGUAAUGAAUAGCUAAUAACCCGUGGACCUGGUAGGCUUCCGUGACGUCGGAGCCAGCUCGCACGAACUCGUAGUGCUGUUGCCGCAGGACGUCGGGGUAGUCUAGCACGAACUCGGGCACCCACAGUCCCUGCAGGACGUAGCCCGAGCGGACGAAGGCCAGCAGGUAGCCCUCUGCACACAGGAUCGUCUCCCCUGCAUCCAGCCUCUCCUUCAGACCGCGCCUGCGUCCUUUCUUCUUCUCUCCACCUUCUGAAUCCAUUUUGACAAGAUUCAGCUCAGCUGACCUCCAAUUCUCUUCUCUUACGGGCGCACGCAUGCGCACUAACGUUGCGUGAGCGAAC